AUUGGAAAUUGCAUUUCAGUGGAAGAAUGUAAGAUAGUUGGACUCAAGUCUCAUGAUUGUCACCUUUUAAUGCAACAAUUACUAUCAGUUGCACUGAGAGGACUUUUACCUAAAGGACCAAGGAACUCCAUUUUUAAAUUGUGUUCAUUUUUCAAUGAAAUAUGUCAAGGAGUCGUAGAUAGGAAUAAGGUUGAAAUUUUAGAAGAGGAUGUUGCUGAAACUUUGUGCAUGUUGGAAAGGUAUUUUCCCCCUUCCUUUUUUGAUAUAAUGGUUCAUUUAACAAUUCAUAUUGGAAGAGAAGUUCGUCUAUGUGGACCAGUUCAAUAUCGUUGGAUGUACCCAUUUGAGAGGUAUAUGAAAGUGUUGAAAGGGUACGUUAUGAAUCGUGCAAGACCUGAAGGGUGCAUAGCUGAACGAUAUAUUGUUGAAGAAAAUGCAAUGUUUUGUAGCAAAUACAUAAAACAAGUAUCUGAAAUAGGCUCUAAGCCUGCACGCAAUGAAGAGUAUGAGAGUGACUUCUUAGUUGCAGGUCGUACAAUUUCCAAAGGGAAGUCACUUGUACUAUCUAAUGAGAUGCUAAAAGUUGCCCAUCGCGAUGUAUUGCUGAAUAGUGUAGAAGUGGCUCCAUACGUACAAUAUCUUUGUGAAGUAUAUACUUUUUGGGAUUUUAAGUUCUUCGAGAUUUCUUGA